AUGAAUAACAAUUCUGGAAAACAUCCUUCUCUUGCAGUGCCCUUGAUCACAGCUCUAGAUGAGAUUACUGUUGCUUCAACAGCUGCGAGACAUCCUAUCCCACAAUUCAUGUUUGGCCAGUGUGCAGCGUUGGAUGGACCUACGACAGGGAAGAACAGCAGAGUCUGCACGACCAAUUCGACUGGCCUCACUCUCGGGACGUUCCUGCAGAACAAUGGACGGCACGGAAAGCAGUUCGGCAUGUUUGGGUAA